CACGGCCCGCGCCCCGGGAAGCGCCGGUCGCUGCCAUGCCGGCAGCCCCUGCCCCGGCCGCUGGCCGGUGGGGUUGCGGCCGCAGCAGCGAGGAGAGGGCGGGGCCAGGGGCUGGGCUUCCCGGGGGAGGGCCCGGCGCGCACCGGGAGGCGGCGGCCCCGGCCCGGGAGCGGCAGGACUUGGGCCGGAGCGUGGCCGGACCCCCACCCGCCGAGGCGCCCAGGGAGGACGCGGCUGGAAACUACAGGCGGACGGUGCAGCGGGUGGAGGAUGGGCAUCGGCUGUGUGGGGACCUGGUCAGCUGCUUCCAGGAGCGCGCCCGCAUUGAGAAGGCCUAUGCCCAGCAGCUGGCCGAAUGGGCCCGCAAGUGGAGGGGCUCCGUGGAGAAGGGCCCUCAGUAUGGCACGCUGGAGAAGGCCUGGCAUGCCUUCUUCACUGCGGCCGAGCGGCUGAGCGCCCUGCACCUGGAGGUGCGGGAGAAGCUGCAGGGCCAGGACAGCGAGCGGGUGCGUGCCUGGCAGCGGGGGGCCUUCCACCGGCCUGUGCUGGGCGGCUUCCGCGAGAGCCGGGCUGCCGAGGACGGCUUCCGCAAGGCCCAGAAGCCCUGGCUAAAGAGGCUGAAGGAGGUCGAGGCUUCCAAGAAGAGCUACCAUGCGGCCCGGAAGGAGGAGAAGACAGCUCAGACUCGGGAGAGCCACGCGAAGGCGGACAGCGCUGUCUCCCAGGAGCAGCUGCGGAAGCUGCAGGAGCGGGUGGAACGCUGCUCCAAGGAGUCCGAGAAGAUGAAAACCCAGUACGAGCAGACACUGGCGGAGCUGCAUCGUUACACCCCACGCUACAUGGAGGACAUGGAGCAGGCCUUCGAGACCUGCCAGGCUGCCGAGCGCCAGCGGCUUCUCUUCUUCAAGGAUAUGCUGCUCACCUUACACCAGCACCUCGACCUCUCCAGCAGCGAGAGGUUCCACGAACUCCACCGAGACCUGCAUCAGGGCAUCGAGGCAGCCAGCGACAGGGAGGAUCUGCGGUGGUGGCGCAGCACCCACGGGCCGGGCAUGGCCAUGAACUGGCCCCAGUUUGAGGAGUGGUCCUGGGACACACAGAGGACAAUCAGCCGGAAGGAGAAGGGUGGCCGGAGCCCUGACGAGGUUACUCUGACCAGCAUCGUACCCACAAGAGAUGGUGCUGCAUCCCCACCCCAGUGCCUGGGGUCCCCAGGCGGCGGGCAGGAUGAGGAGUGGUCAGAUGAGGAGAACCCCCGGAAGGUUGCUACUGGGGUCCGGGUGCGGGCACUCUAUGACUACGCGGGCCAGGAAGCUGAUGAGCUGAGCUUCCGAGCAGGGGAGGAGCUGCUGAAGAUGAGCGAGGAGGAUGAGCAGGGCUGGUGUCAGGGUCAGCUGCAGAGUGGCAGGAUUGGCCUGUACCCGGCCAACUAUGUGGAGUGUGUGGGGGCCUGACCUGCUGGCAGCCCUUCUGCAACGUUUCUCCACCCUGGGUCAGAGCCCAGCUUGUCUGGACAGUGGGACCUGAGGGCCUUGAACCAUCCUGCCCCUGCUGCCCCUCUGUCCCUUGAGGAGGGAGGAAGUCCUGGGACCCAGGGAACGGGAGGGGCCUGUGUCUAAGAAGGGACUGGUAGGGAAUGGCCAACUGAGUCUAGGCUGAGGGGAAGAUGGGGAGGUCAGGAGGUGACAGAAGGGCCCAGGGGUGCCUGGGUCUCCCCAAGAGUCCUCCAGUCUCCCCAGGAGGUGUGGAUGCAGUUCCUGAUCUCUGUGUUUUGGGGUUCCUGGGGUUGGCCUGGGGUGAGUGUAGUUCUGGGCUAGCAGCACUCUUUUGUGGCUUGUUCUAGUGUGUAUUAAACUUGGAAGAAAAAACAAAA